GCCAUUUGUAGAGGCGCUGGAGGCUGCGUUCGGCAGGCGCUGCGGAGAAGCGUAGAGGAGCGCGCCCCCGGCCGCUGAAGCCCCUGACCCCUGCACUCACUCCGCUCCUCCGCGCCUCGGGCGGCACCCGGCCAGCCCCGGGACCCGCGCUGCCGCGCCGAGAGUCCUUCCCGGCAGCUCCCGGCUCUCGGGACCCCCGCCCGACCGCUCGCCCGCAGCCCGCCGUCCGCACACGUCCCCGAAGCCGGGCCUAGGGCGGGCGGGCGGCGGCGGCGGCUCGGCGGGGCGCAGCCGGGCUGGGCUCCGCGGCGUCCCCAUGGCCGCGGCCGGCUGGCGAGACGGCUCCGGCCAGGAGAAGUACCGGCUCGUGGUGGUCGGCGGGGGCGGCGUGGGCAAGUCGGCGCUCACCAUCCAGUUCAUCCAGUCCUAUUUUGUAACAGAUUAUGAUCCAACUAUUGAAGAUUCCUACACAAAGCAGUGUGUGAUAGAUGACAGAGCAGCCCGGCUAGAUAUUUUAGAUACAGCUGGACAAGAAGAGUUUGGUGCCAUGAGAGAACAGUAUAUGAGGACUGGUGAGGGCUUCCUGUUGGUCUUCUCAGUCACAGACAGAGGCAGUUUUGAAGAAAUCUAUAAGUUUCAAAGACAGAUUCUCAGAGUAAAGGAUCGUGAUGAAUUUCCAAUGAUUUUAAUUGGUAAUAAAGCAGACCUGGAUCAUCAAAGACAGGUAACACAGGAGGAAGGACAGCAGUUAGCACGACAACUUAAAGUAACAUACAUGGAGGCAUCAGCCAAGAUUAGGAUGAAUGUAGAUCAAGCUUUUCAUGAACUUGUCCGGGUUAUAAGGAAAUUUCAAGAGCAAGAAUGUCCUCCUUCACCAGAACCAACUCGGAAAGAAAAAGACAAGAAAGGCUGCCAUUGUGUCAUUUUCUAAGAAUCCCUUGAGUUUUAGCUACCAACUGCCAGGAAAAACCCUCAUCUCCUUCUCUCCUUAUGGUUUACAUCAUGUUGGUACCUUUCUAGCCUUAGACAAAUGAUCACCAUGUUAGCCUUAGACCAAGAAGCCGGCUACUCCUUUCCAUGAAGCUAAUAUAAUGGUUCUUUCCAGAUCAAUUUAAAGGAAACACUAAGGCUGCUUCAAAGAUUAUCUGAUUCUUUUUAAAUACAUGUAUACAUAUACAGACACAUUCUUUUUUUAAGGGCUUACAUUUUAAUGGGGAUGAAUUAGUUUUGGAACCGAAGCUGUUUGCUAAGCUGAAGUUAUAGGUUGUGAAAUAAUUUUUAACUUCUGGAAUCAUGUUACCUACUGUUACUCUAAAUAGAAGCAUAGAGAGGUUUUUCUUUUAAAAAAUGUGAAUUUUUUUGCCUAUCUUUAAAAAUUUUGAUGUCAACUUUAGUUAACCUUAAAUACACUGAAUGAAAUCCACAAAAGUGAGACAUCUCAGACCUUUCUUGAUACUACAGCUUUUGUUUUCCAGUGGCCAAAAUACCAAAAUGCCUAUUGUAUUUAUGGUUUAAAAACUACUUAUCAAGCCUGUUAUUACUUCUCCUCUUGAAGAUGAUAGUGUUCUAUGUGGCCAAAUAGUUGUACUCAUUCUGGACUUUGGCAUCUCAAUGUGUACUUGGUUUCUUAAUUUAACUCUUUUCACAGCCAUGUUAAGGGUAAGAAUGAAUAAUUUUUGUCUGUCUUCCUUUUCAAGUAUUUCUGGUUAAGGGAUUCAAAAAAAAAACCUAAAGUUGUUUUUGUUUGCUGUAAUAUAAAAUAUGGAAUUGAUCUUUCCAGAGUCAGAGAUGAUUAAUGUUUUUGCUAUAUACUUUUAUACAUUAUUUUCUUAUCGAACUAGUUAACAAGUAUUUUUAUAUGUUUGUAAGCAAAUAUGCUUUCACAGCAUACCUUGUGUAUAUGUAAAGAUAAGUAUUUAAUUCUCACUGUUCACUUUUAACCGACAAAGAAAAAAAAAAGUGGAAACUACAGAAACUGUGGUAGAACUUUUACUUGCUGGUCUGAUCCUGGUUGUAUCUAUCUUUGGCCAGUUUUAUCCCCAUUCAAGAAACCUUCCCAAUUGAAUACAACUGGAUGAGACUCUGAAAUCACCUUCAGUGUCCCCUGCUAUAUAUUGACUGUUAUAUCAAGUAUUAAUUGUAAAACUUGUAAUUGACAAUUAGUAUAACUGUGGAUGGCUUCUGAUUUUGUUUUUAAUUCUGUGGAUUGUGUUUAAACAAUUCAAAAGUAUGUUCCUGAUUUUGAGAUACUAAGUGGUAUUGCACAGUUGUCACUUUAUUGAAUGUGUACAACAGUCCCAUGACCUUUAUAGAGCAUACCCUUGGAUAGCUUCAGGUGCUGAAAUUAAAGUUGAUCUGUUAUCACAAGA